AUCUUUAUGUUUCCAUGAUUGCUCCUUUUGACACCCUUCAAGUUUAGUUUCUUAUGAUGUGUAAACAGUAGGCGCGAGAAUCGGUGUUUUAUAGUCCCAGGCGUGAUUUUGCCUCUCGCAAGAGCGAUGUGUGUCAACGUCGAUUCUGAUUGGUGGAUUAAAGUCACAUUGUAUCGCUACGCGCUGUCAAAGUCACCACACAAGGUAUUCAUGCGAUGGCAGUAUCGUAUUUUAAUGGGAAUUUGAGCUUUGAUACACAUUAAAUAGUUCUUAUCCGUGUUACGAAUCUUUUUCGUUCAAAACUGUGGAUUUUAAUUGAAAUUGUUGCAUUUUAUGAAACAGCACUUUUUUGUGAACGGACGAUUUUUUUAAUAAAAACGGAUAGUUUAUUAGUGCGUUUUUGCGGAUUUAAUUGGAUAUAUGGAAAUUCAUAGCACCGAAUUUUCAAAGGAAUGGUAUUGAAACAGAUAUAUUAAUUAAAAUCUAAACAGAAAUACGGAUAUUAAUAGAUGAAAGAAGUCUACAAUGAUUGUAGGCAUAAGUCAAAUAACAUAUGGCUGAUUUUAUCAGCACAAAGAAGAUAAUUAAACCUGUAAUGUUUUACAGAACUUAAAGCCUUCGAGAUAAAACAAUUAUUGCCCAUCAUAAUACAUAAUUUGAAGGAUUUAUUAAGGUGUCGGGAAUCUGUUAUUGUCCAUGAAUCGGGUUGUCUAGUUAAAACAUAUUAAUUUUUAAAAUAUAUGUGUUUUAAAUCGGUCUUUGAGUGCGGAAUAUAAGCGGUUAUUUCUGGGUAUUGUUACACGAUACAUAAAUCAUUUAUUAUUCCUUCUCACCGAUGUAAUAUUUAAUACCGGAACGGAAACAUAAAUUACACAAGAUGACAACUUUGUGCAAAAUGCAUUCCUUUGGAUUAUUGAUAAUACUUUUCGGAUUUGUCGCCGGAAAUGAUUCGUUUAUGGAUCGCUUUUCGGAGCCCAUAAUUCAGGAAGACCCAUGUUACGACGAGGUGGACGAUCCAAAAAGAUGCAUCCCUGACUUUAUUAACGCCGCUUUUGGAAUGGAGGUUGAGGCUUCAAGCACAUGCGGUUCGCCGCCCAGCCGUUAUUGCACGUCAAAUACGGACAAAGAAGGCAGUAUCAUACGUAACUGUUUCAUCUGUGACGCCAACCACCCAAAGCGUCAACACUCGGCGUCAUAUUUGACGGAUUUAAAUAACCCCAACAAUCUCACGUGCUGGAUGUCCGAGCCCUUUGUCCAGUUUCCGCAUAACGUAACGUUAAAAUUAUCAUUACGUAAAAAGUUUGAACUAACGUACGUUAGUUUACAAUUUUGUUCCGCCCGGCCCGAUUCAAUGGCAAUUUAUAAAAGUAUGGACUAUGGGAAAUCGUGGGUCCCUUUUCAGUACUAUUCCAGUAACUGUAAAAAGAUGUACGAAAAGGCUCCAAGCACAACGGUUACGAAACACAACGAGCAGGAAGCGUUAUGUACGGAAGAUUUCAGCAACAUCGAUCCCUUAACUGGCGCCCGUGUCGGCUUCAGCACGCUCGUCGGCCGGCCGUCGGCGUACGACUUCGACAACAGUCCCGUUCUACAGGACUGGGUAACCGCCACCGACAUAAUGAUCGUUUUUAACAAGUUAAACACGUACGGCGACGAGCGUCAUGAAACAGAGAUCGCCCGGGAAAGCUAUUACUACGCUCUCUCGGACUUCGCCGUCGGCGGGCGCUGUAAAUGUAACGGCCACGCUUCCCAGUGUGUUACGGAUCAGAGCGGGAAUCUCGUAUGCGACUGUAAACAUAACACCGCCGGAAGGGACUGCGAGAAAUGUAAGCCGUUCCACUUUGACCGCCCCUGGGCCCGGGCAACCCAAAGGCACCCGAAUGAGUGUGUGGCAUGUAACUGCAACCUCCACGCCAAACACUGUCGGUUCAACAUGGAGCUGUACGAGCUGUCAGGGUACGUUUCCGGCGGGGUCUGCCGGAAGUGCCGUCACAACACGGAGGGCCGCUUCUGUAACCAUUGUCGGGAGGGAUUCUACAGGGAUCCGCGAAGGGACAUUACCCACAGAAAGGCGUGCAGAGCCUGCAACUGUCAUAUGAUCGGCGCACUCGGGAAGACGUGUAACGCUACCACGGGCCAGUGCCAGUGUAAGGAUGGGGUUAUUGGGCUCACUUGCAACAUGUGUGCGCCCGGGUACCAGCAGAGCAGAUCACCUAUAGCUCCAUGCAUUGCUAUCAAAACACCUGGAAAGCCAAGACCACCGCCACCUUCACAAAACCAAAACACAGACGGAAAAUGCAAAUCGAAGUGCAAUAAAUCCCGGCGUUUGAAGUUCAGCAAAUUCUGCCGAAGAGACUAUGCAAUAAAAGCAGAGAUAGUUGCAAAGCAGGACGUCGGCGAAUUCGUUAAGUUUACGAUCAACGUUUUGACGUCAUAUAAGAAAAUCACGGACCGCAAAAUGAACAAGCGAGGCGAAACACUCUUAUGGGUCCCGAAGCAGGAUCUGCGGUGCCGAUGUCCAAGGAUGAAGCUUCGAGAAACGUAUAUGAUUGUCGGAAAGGUGAAGCCAAACGAAACAAGACCGGGUUUUAUUGCAGACAGACGGAGUAUUGUUCGAACUUGGAGGAACAAAUGGCAGAAAAGAUUACGACAAUAUCAGAAACAAGAGAUGAAAGGAAGUUGUUACCAAAAAUACACAGACUGAUUAUCGUUAUUAUGGUGAUAUGUAGCAAAAAAUAUGUAGAACUAUACGCUGUUUUGAUAAAUACCUCAUGUUCGUGAUACUUGUUCAUUGGUUGAAAUACCGACGAACGACGCAACUGCCCGGAUUGGACAAUUUGAAAGGAAAAACUGAUUCGAUUGGACAAUUUGAAAAAAAAAACCUGAUUCGAUUGGACAAUUUGAAAAAGCUGCUACGUUGAGGUGAACUCAACCGUGACGAUAAGGUCACGCGGAAUUCAUGCAUUAAUGAAUGGAAAAGUGCCCAUAACUCGGGUUUUGUCGCGUUGUUCUCUUUCGCCAAAGAAGUAAAUACUCAUCGCAGAGUCAUUCUAUUCAUGACAAGGGCUUUGAGGAUCGUUGUGACUUUGAAAGAAAGUGUUGCUGUAAUGAAUUCCAUUGCGAAAUAGACGCUUCUGAUUACAGACACAUUGUGAAAUGUGUACUAUUAUUAAUAUUUGUAACACUUCAGUAUGUUGACCGAGGAGUUUAUUGAGCAGUGGUAAAUAUUGUGGAUAUUAGUGCUUUUUCACACUUAUUUCUUAAAGAAAUUCAUCAACGCUAAAAUACAAAAUAUGCCUCAGCUGAAAUAGAUUUCUGAAUAUUUUUAACUGCUACUCUGUGAGUUCCGCACUUCAUAUCCUUUAAGGGAUUAAACCUUUAUUGUAUUUUGAUUACUUACGUUACAUGUUAAAACAUAACAAAAAUGCCUGAUUCAUUUUGUUGCAUUUUCAGCAAGGGUAUGAUGAAAAUGCGUCAAUAAUAAUUUAUGUAAAAGUUCAACAGUGUGUGUAUACCACGUGAUGAAUUACGUCAUUUAUAUAAAUGCUACAUCGGAAGGCAAUAUUUUACUUCGAAUGAAGACUUAAAACAAAGAUGACUUUACUAUUUCUGUACCAUUUUAAGCGAAACAUAGCACAGUAUACGCUGCUUACAUAGCCCCGUAUUCGGUCUUUUAAAAGUGUUUGAUUUGGAGUUUACGAAUAUUACUUUACUACGUAUCAUUUAUGACGUAAUUUAUCACGUGGUUCACACAUACUGUUCAAUGACCUCAAAGAAACAUACAUGACUGACUUGCGUUUGAUGUUUAGAUUUGUGCACAAAGCAAAGCUUUUAAAAGCAACAAGAAUAUGCACAUAUAUUUUAUUUGUGGUUUUCAUUUGAACGAUAGCUUUUGACUUUAUGUUGGGUAAUAAAUAUACUUAUUAAGAAAGUACGGUAAAUGACAAAAGCUUCGAUUUUUUAUUUAUGUUUUGCUUCGCAUUUGUUCACAAAAUUGUAAAUUGUGUUGUUGUUAACCAGGGUAUUCAAUUUUAAACGCCACCCUGGCUAAACUGAUAGUUGUACUAUAUAAUACGUUAAGGUAUUAUUCGAAAACGCUUUAAUAAAAAAAAAAUCUACGAAUUAAAAAAACCAAGAACGGUACAUGAUUAGGAAAUUUAUAAGCCUCUGACCUGUUUAUAUUAUUACCAAAUAAUAGAAUAUUUCUUUGUAAUAAAUUUGAUAUAAAUUCCCUAUGAUGAAAAUAAAACAAUGGUAUAAAUCACUUAGUACACUGUUUUAGUACAGGGUCCGCAUUUAUAAAGCACCUUAAGUCAUUUUCUUACUUUAGUCGAUUUCUUAAAAUAUUCAAAGUCAAAUUAAAAGAAAAGAAGAUACAUGUUUAGCAUUUUAAUGUGUUUUUCUCCAUAUGGUCAAUGAAAAUAGUGUAUUUCAGAAAUUAUUAAGUUUUUUGUUUUAUCAUCUGAAAAAGGAGAUACUCAAAUUAGAAAAUGACUUAAGAUGGUUUAUGAAUGCCUUGGGUAUUUUUAUAAAAAAAUACAGACUUUAACGUCAAAAAAACUCUUAAAUUUUGCUUGUAAUUUGACUUAAAUUGUUUUUAAAUUGACUUAAGUUAAGAAAUAAUUUAAGAUGUUUUAUGAAAAUCGGCCCAAAUAUAUUCAUAAUACAUGACUUGUUGUAAAGCCGACAGUGUUGUACGUUUUAGUUAUGUUGUUAUUAUUAUUAUCAUCAUCAUGUUAUUUUACGUGUCAUUUUGUCAUUACGUUAUGAUGUAAUUAUUACUUUCAUAAUAUCAUUUUUUCAUUACGUUAGUCACAUUUUUUUCCAGUAAACGUUAGGUUUCUCGUUAUUGAGAAAUGUUGGUCUUAAGAAAUGUUGUACAAGCCUAAGCUGGCUUGUAUGGGAAAACCCCGAAUACAUUUAUAUAAGUAGUUUUUUGGUUGAAGUAUUUUAACCGAAAUUCGGGAAAGCUCCACAAAUAAUUUUGACCAAUUUACUGUGUAGAAAUUGUUAUAUUUGUAGGUCGAAAUUAUAAAAGCAUCAAUUUUAAACAAAAUCUGAGUAAAAAUGUCUGAGUAAAAAAAAACGUUUUCAUACAUAAUCGUUAAAAGUUGACAAUUCUAAUAGUUUUACCUUUUUGGGGCUAUUUCCUUCGGACCGGUCAGUCAAAGCCUUUCCAAAACUACCUGACAUCAAAUGAAUAUGUAUCUGUUACCCUUCGUUAUUUAAAAUGCAAUGUUAAAUCUAAGUUCUCUUUAUGUAAACCACAAUAUAGUUAGUGCCAGUGUUACCACACUGUGAUUUGCUUUUUUAUCCAUUAAAUUAUGUGUUUUCCUUGUAAGUUAUCAUGACACCGUGUCAGUAAAUCUAUUAAAAUCUAGAAGUAAAA